GCGCUACACCGAAGCAGAAAAAAUAAAAACAAAACGGAAAAGGCAGCGGCGUUUCUCUCUCUCUCUCCACAAACGCCACGCCGCGAGAUUCCCCACGCAGUCUGCCCCCGCGUCGUCUCGCUCUCGCCUCGCGAUGGCCGCCGCCGACUACGACCGCGCGUACCGCCCCUACGCGGGCCCCGCCCUCGCCCCCGCCGGUGAGUACGACCGCCCCUACCGCAACGAGGUCGUGCCGUACGGCGACCGGCGCCUCGACAUCGUCGUCAAGCCGCCCGCCAGGUCGCCGCCGCCGCCGCUGCCGGUAUCCACCAGGAGCGGCGGCAGCGGAGGGGCGGGGUCGGCGUGGUGCUUCAGCGACCCGGAGAUGAAGAGGCGGCGGCGGGUGGCGAGCUACAAGGCCUACUCGGUGGAGGGCAAAGUCAAGGCAUCGUUCCGCAGGGGGUUCCGCUGGAUCAAGGCCAAGUGCUCCGAGCUCAUCCAUGGCUGAACCCGGUAUCUCGGUGAAAUUCUAUCCUAUUGGGAUGGUGGAAGGUGGAGCUACAACGCGCGACGAAUGGUUCUCGGAUGUACUCGCUAAUUCGCUCCCAAAAUGUGGAAGAGAAAUUGUUCUGAGAUUGUGUAGAGAACUUGUGGCCCCCCUCUGGUUAUAGGAAAAGAACUAGUGGCUCUUCUGAGCUUGCUUGUCGCUGCCUGCUAAUUACCCCUAAUUUUGUCCAAACAUGUUUGAAGAAGAAUUGAAUCUCGGAAAAGAAAAUUUCUUCGCAUGAUAAUACUUUUCUAAUA